AUGGCUGUCACUUGCACUACUAUCAAAUCCUCACAACUUCGAGAGGAAAAACGAGAUUGUGCCAAAAUUGCUCCAGCAACUCCAAGUUCACACGACGUGGCCGUGACCAAAUCUCCAUUAAAAACUCCGUUCCGUGCCAUUCAUGACAAUGCAGAUAUUGUUGAAACCACACCAGAGAAUCCAUGGCGACCUUAUCCAUGGUGUUUGUGGCCUGAUUGGUUUAGUGGAGUUUUAGGAUUAUCUAUUAUGGCUCCAUUGACUCCACCUGUCGUGGUGUUAUUGACCUUAUCGAAUGUUUGGAUGGCAUUGAUUAAGAAUUCUUGGAGUUUGUUUUUAUCUAGGGUUCCUUUGAUUCGGUCAAUUCCAGAUUUGGUUUAUGAGAAAUUUGCAAAAUUUGCUGCUAAGAAAAUUAUGAACAAUGAGAAAAAUUCAGAGUUCAUUCCUUCAUUGUUGUGGUUGACAGUGUUGUGCCCAACAAUUUUAGGAGUUGCCUUGUACAGAUUCUACCAUUAUGGAUUCGAAUUUUGGUUCUUCUUCCUCUACCAUUUACUUCGUUUGGGUCCUCGUUUUCGAUUCUUUACUCAUUUACACGUCCUUUUGCAUAAGGAAGGUCACGACCACGAUGGAUUUUUCAAUAACAAAACUUUCCUCCACCACUUGAAUCAUUGGUAUGUUCAAUGGUUCUUGGGACCUUUUUACGGACAAGUUCCAAAUUCCUACUGCAUUGGUCACAACAAGAUUCAUCACAAAUUUGACAAUGGUUUGGAUGAUGUUCACACCAAUAUUGACUUGGAUCGAACUAAAUCUUGGAGUUUUAUCAUGUAUGCACCAAGAUUUGGUUCCUACUGGGUUGGAACUUCAUGUUUCUUCCAUUUUCUUAUUCAUGGAGAAUACAAGUUUGCUUGGGGUAUUUUGAAAGGAAUGAUUGUAUAUUAUGGAUUAUGGAUGUUGAGUUAUUAUACCAUGGGAUUUACUUUUACAUUUGCUUAUUUGGUUUUACCUCAACUAGAAGCGAUUGUGUUCUUUGCUGCUAUUUCUUACAUGUGGCAUUUGUGGAUUGAGCCCAAAGAUCCAACCAAUCCAUAUAUUAACUCGGUGACGAUUGUGAACGGACAUGAUAAUGUUUGGGGUGAAGAUUAUCAUGCCAUUCAUCAUCAUGCAGUUUCUGUGCAUUGGCGAGAUGCAGACGCUCAUUAUGUUCAACAUGAGCAAGAAUAUGCUGAUAAUCAAGCAACCAUGUUCACAGAUUGUGAAGAAGGUGUCUUGCUCUAUUGGAUCUUUAGCCAGCAAUGGGAUGAGGUUGCUAAACAUUUUGUGGAUAAGACUGGCAAAAUGACUCUUGACGAAAAGAAGGAAUUGGUCUUGAAGAGAGCCAGGUGUACUUUUGGAAAGAAGACUCAAUAUGGAUGGAAGCACAUGUUCCAAUUCUUUUUGGGAAAGCUUAAAUCUCAAUAA